AUGUCCAAGAGGUCUAAGCUACAUUUUCUUGAGACUGUGAACCCUGCAUACUCGGCCCCUGCCUACACUAAAACUCCUGAGUGCACUGUUCGACUGGGGUCUGGUCAUCGAGAAACUGGUUGCAGACUGCGCAUUAGCCCAAUUCUUUUUCUUCUUCUGCCAUUUGCAACUGAUGCACUUAGCGAGAGUAAUUUGAUUGGUUCUGGGAGUUUUGGAUCUGUUUACAAAGGCGUUCUCAGAAGUGGAACUGCCAUUGCAGUUAAAGUGUUCAAUCAACAACUGGAUGCAUCAUUCAGAAGUUUAGAGACUGAAUGUGAAGUUUUGCGCAGCCUUCGCCAGAGGAAUCUUGUAAAAGUCAUCACUAGUUGUUCAAACCUUGAUUUUAAGGCUUUAGUGCUCGAGUAUAUGCCUAACGGGAGUCUUGAGAGGUACUUGUAUUCACACAACUACUUCUUAGACAUCAUGCAGAGACUAAGAAUUAUGAUAGAUGUGGCAUGUGCGUUGGAAUAUCUCCAUCAUGGGUGCUCGUUGUCCGUGAUUCACUGUGAUCUGAAGCCUCGUAAUGUCUUGCUCGAUGAGGAUAUGGUUGCUCACCUAAGCGACUUUGGUAUUUCAAAAAUGCUUGGUGACGACAAGUGUGAUUUAUAUACUAAAACCUUAUCAACAUUGGGGUAUAUUGCACCGGAGUAUGGACUAGAUGGAUUAGUGUCAACAAAAUGUGAUGUUUAUAGUUAUGGGAUCAUGUUGCUGGAAACGUUUACCAGGGAGCUAGAAGUUGUGGCAUCAAUCAAGAAACUGGCAUUAGAUUGUUGUGCUGAAUCUCUGGCGAGAAGGACUAACAUGAAAAAUGUUGUAGGAAUGCUACAGAAGACCAAGAUUAAACUUCUUGAAUGUGGAGAAUGUAGUUCCAAAUGA